AAUAAAUACUUUUGUAUCCUAGAGAUUUGAUGAAUGAGAAAAAGAGAGGGAAUAAAUUCGUGUGACAUGAGAGUUUUUCUCUUUUAUGCGACACCUAAAGUAAAGAUGGUACUACUAAUAUUAUUUUCAUAAACCAUAAUCUAACUAGUAGCCAAAAAGUUAUUUUAUACAAGCAAUGGAUGAAUCAAACGCAAGGCAUGUGUAUCAAAAUAAACGCACUUAAACAAUUGGGCUAGAAGUCUUUUGCAGUACAACUGGGGACUAACAAGUUAAAAGAGAAAAAAAAGAAAAGGAAAAAGGAGCUCAUGACAAUGCUGCCAGCAGUACGGAUUCAUAAGCCUAGCUCACUAAUUUCAACCGUCUCUCCUUAAACAAUCCAAUGGAGAAAUUCAUAUCUACAAUAAUUCUCCGUGCAGUGAUAAUGCCACUACUACUAUCAUCCACUCCCUACCAUGUAGCCGCCAUGAGGCGGUGCGGCACCACUCCGGUGCCAUUUCCCUUAAGUGCGGGACCCAAGUGUGGCGAUCCGUGGUACAGCAUCCGCUGCACCGCCGGCACACUAUGGCUGGACGCCCUAAACAGCUUAUCCUACGCCAUAACGCACAUUUACCCUGACACCCAACGGAUCAUUAUCCGACUGCCCGGCCUGGCCCCCAACACUUGCAUCUCAACCGACUUUCACUGCCAAGGCAUCCAGCUCGACGACAACCUCCCCUUCACCAUCACCAGUAGCAACACCGUCUUGAUGUUCAACUGCACGGACGCGCUGCUAAACUUGCUGGCGCCGAUAGACUGUUCGUCAAACGGCCUGUGACACAGCUACGUCAGAGACAAUGUGGCCGCGGCGGCGUGCCUGAGUGCUUCGCUGUGUUGGUGUCAAAAUGCGAACUGUAAGAGUGCAAAGGGCUGCAAAAAUGGAAAGAUUAUAGUCAUAGCUGUAGCCGUGGUUGGGGGACUAUCAGUACUUGUUGGCAUAAUUGGAGUCGUAGGCUACAACCAGCAUCGUUGCUCGAAAAGAAAAGCUCUAAAGGUUUUGAUGAAGAAGCGUGAGCAGAUUUUGUAUUCCAAAAGCAGUGGUAAAUCAGGCAGAAUAUUCUUCACUAACAAAGAGAUAGCAAGAGCAACCAACUUCUUUUCAAAAGACAAUAAAAUCGUCUCCGGUGGCUUUGGGGAAGUUUUCAAGGGCACUCUUGAUGAUGGAACCAUCACCGCCAUCAAGUGUGCCAAGGUUGGAAACACCAAGGGCAUUGACCAGAUUCUGAACGAGGUUCGGAUUCUUUGCCAGGUCAACCAUAGGAGCCUGGUGAGACUCCUUGGCUGCUGUAUUGAGCUUGAUCAGCAGCCUGUCCUCGUAUAUGAAUACGUUCCAAAUGGAACUCUUUCAGAUCAUCUUCACUGUCAUCACAGCGGAAAAUGGGCUCCAAUCGGUUGGCACCAUAGGCUCCGAAUUGCUCACCGAACAGCCCAAGGGCUUGCCUAUCUUCACUCUUCUGCAGUGCCGCCCAUUUACCACCGUGACCUGAAGUCCAGCAACAUUUUUCUCGAUGAAAAUUUUGAGGCAAAAGUUUCAGACUUUGGGCUUUCGAGGCUGGUUGAGAGCACAGAAACCAGUAAAAACACUAAUAUCUUCACCACUGCUCAGGGGACCCUCGGCUAUCUAGACCCUGACUACUGCAUUAACUUUCAACUCACGGAUAAGAUUGACGUUUACAGCUUUGGAGUUGUUUUGUUGGAUCUGUUGAUGUCUAAGAAGGUUAUCAAUUUCAACAGAGUAGAGGAAGAUGUGACUUCGGUGGUGUACAUGAAGAGGGUUUUGAAAGAAGAGAGGUUGAUGGAUACUGUUGAUCCAGUUAUUAAAGAGGGAGCUAGCAAGCUAGAACUGGAGACAAUGCAGGCACUGGGAUUUCUCGUAGGGUCGUGCUUGGAUGAGCAGAGGCACAACUGGCCUUCAAUGAAAGAAGUUGCCGAUGAGAUUGAGUAUAUGAUCGGCAUUGUUACGAGUGAUGUUCCAGCACCCGAGUUUCUUUGA